AUGCCUUCCAAAGGAACGAUGACCUUUUGGGGUCUCCUGGACGUGUCUCUCCUUGCAGCGGGCGCGAUCAUGGUGGCCUUUUCCCAAAUCUUUGCCCAGCCGAACCUUCUCAUCAACUUCGCGCUCAGCAAGAGCCAGCUUUUCAGCGGCCUAAUCGGCGGUAUUUUCCUCCUCGUCACUUGGAUUGUGUCCAUCUGCGGUAUCGUCCAGAAGAAUCACGUCACCUUCGGCCUCGUCGUUCUCAACUGGUUCCUCCUCAUUGACGCCAUUGUCAUCCUCGUCAUUGGCACCGCCCUCUGGAUCUUCUCUCUCCAAGAACGCACCAACUACCUUGUCUUGUUCAAUGCCGCCACUCCUGCGACCCGCAUUGCUCUUCAGGACCACUACAAGUGCUGUGGUUGGUUUACCCCCAACGACACCGUUGAGAUCGGCGGCUUCUGCGCGAACCUCACGUUCGCUAACUCGCUCGUGGACCCCAACAACACCGAGACUGGUCGUUGCGUUGGUCCUGUCACGAAGGAUGCCGACUACACGCUCAACAACGUGUUCACGACUAUCUAUGGCUUCAUGGCUGUUGUGAUCGGCUUGUUCCUGGCAACGAUGUGUGUCAUUAAGCAGCGUGAAGAGGAAGAGCGAUUCAAGAAGAUCGACGCCAAGCGCGGCGGCCGGGGCUUCGUCUGA